AUGUAUAGUCUUCUUCUAAUCUCCAUGAUCCUUCUGAAAUUCGCAUUUUCGAAUAUUUUUAAUGAUUUGAGUUCGUAUGCGCGAUAUCAAGGUUUGAAAUUUUUCAGAAAAAAAUCGAUAAUUUCUUUUGCAGCUACCUGUGAUAGUCCGGAUCUGAUCAAAUGCGAUGAUUUUUGGCAUAGUCAUGUUGAAUGCUUGAAGGCUGUGACUGGAGAAUUUUGUUGUGUUUGUGUGGAAAAAGGGUCUUCAAUGAGGCAUAAGUCAUAUUAUGAAGUUUAUAAUUGA